UGCGUGGGCUUGGCGCUCCGGCACGAAGGGCGCUUCGCUCCGGGCAGCCGCGCCGAUGCCGGGCGAAGCCGCGCGGCGCUGCGCCCCUCUUACCGCUACAGAGGCAGCAGGUUUGAUUUGGCAAGUUGCUUGGAAAAGGAGUGGAGAAGUGUCCUGUAACCACUGAACAAUAGAAAAUGGUCGUCUGUGGAGCUCUAUGGUGAAGACCUCAGAAGAAAUAUCAGUUUUUCCAGUCAGCUUUUCAUAAUGUAAAUACAGUUUGAGCUUCCCCCAAUGGGCAGCUAAACCAUGAACAAGCAGAAAAACCCUUUUUGGACUGUAUUUCUGAACCAGGCUUCACCUUCCAUCUCGAGAACUUUUUAAAGGAUUACAGCUGAAAAAGACAAGAGAAAGAAAACCUUGAACAGGAACCCUAUCCUACAAUGAGAAUUACAAGUACAUCUUGUAUCUGCCCAGUCCUAGUUUGUCUCUGUUUUGUGCAGAGGUGUUAUGGAGCUGCUCAUCAUGGCUCCAUCAAGGUGACUAGAAAUCAAACCAGGCAUACAGAAGGUGAAACAGAAGUACAUCAUCGUCCCAAGCGUGGAUGGGUGUGGAAUCAGUUCUUUGUUUUAGAAGAACACAUGGGACCAGAUCCUCAGUAUGUAGGAAAGCUGCACUCCAAUUCCGACAAAGGUGAUGGAUCAGUCAAAUACAUUCUAACUGGAGAAGGAGCGGGAACUAUAUUUAUUAUUGAUGACACAACAGGAGACAUCCAUUCAACCAAAAGCCUCGAUCGAGAACAGAAGACACAUUAUGUGCUUCAUGCCCAAGCUAUUGAUAGAAGGACAAACAAGCCACUUGAGCCUGAAUCUGAGUUUAUUAUCAAAGUACAGGAUAUCAAUGACAAUGCACCAAAAUUUACAGAUGGACCAUACAUUGUUACUGUGCCAGAGAUGUCUGAAAUGGGUACAUCUGUUCUACAGGUGACAGCAACAGAUGCAGAUGACCCUACGUAUGGAAACAGCGCCAGAGUAGUAUAUAGUAUUCUUCAGGGACAGCCAUAUUUCUCUGUUGACCCUAAAACAGGAGUCAUCAGGACUGCCUUGCAUAACAUGGACAGGGAAGCCAGAGAGCAUUAUUCUGUUGUCAUUCAAGCCAAAGAUAUGGCUGGGCAGGUUGGAGGGCUGUCAGGGUCAACAACAGUAAAUAUCACGCUCACUGAUGUCAACGACAAUCCACCCAGGUUUCCUCAGAAACAUUAUCAGCUCUAUGUUCCUGAAUCAGCUCAGGUUGGAUCAGCAGUUGGCAAAAUCAAGGCAAAUGAUGCAGACACUGGCUCAAAUGCUGACAUGAAGUACACAAUUAUAAAUGGUGAUGGUGCUGGGGUGUUUUCCAUAUCCACUGACAAAGAAACACGGGAAGGAAUUCUUUCCCUGAAGAAGCCUCUCAACUAUGAAAAAAAGAAAUCCUAUACGCUUAAUAUAGAAGGGGCAAAUACUCAUCUUGACUUCCGCUUUUCGCACCUGGGACCAUUCAAGGAUGUAACAAUGCUGAAGAUCAUAGUUGGCGAUGUUGAUGAACCUCCUCUCUUCACUAUGCCUUCCUAUCUCAUGGAAGUCUAUGAAAAUGCAAAGAUCGGGACACCUGUUGGCACUGUGACGGCACAAGAUCCUGACACUGCCAACAGUUUAGUGAGAUAUUUCAUUGAUCAUAACACAGAAGAAGAUAGAUAUUUCACCAUUGAUGCUAAUACUGGAACCAUUAAAACUGCCAAGAUCUUUGACAGAGAGGAAACACCUUGGUACAACAUCACAGUGGCUGCGUCUGAGAUAGACAAUCCUGGGCUAGUGAGCCAUGUUCCAGUUGGCAUUAGAAUCCUGGAUGUCAAUGACAAUCCUCCAGAGCUUGCCAGAGAGUAUGACGUAGUGGUCUGUGAGAAUGCAAAGCCUGGUCAGGUAAUUCAGACCAUCACUGCAACUGACAAAGAUAACUCUGCAAAUGGGGUCAGAUUCCAUUUUUCUCUUGAUGAAGGGCUUUCUUUGAAUCCCAACUUUACUCUAAAGGAUAAUGAAGAUAACACAGCCAGUAUCCUGACAAGACGAAGGAGAUACAGUCGAACCACUCAAGAUAUGUAUUACCUCCCAAUUUUGAUUUCUGAUGGUGGAGUGCCCCCUCUCAGCAGCAGCAGUACUCUCACUGUUAGAGUUUGUGCAUGUGAGAGAGAUGGACGUGUGAGAACCUGCCAUGCUGAAGCUUUCCUCUCCUCAGCUGGCUUGAGCACAGGAGCUUUAAUUGCAAUCCUGCUCUGUGUUGUCAUUCUUCUUGUUUUCUCUUUAGCAAUUGUGGUCCUUUUCAUCACCCUAAGACGUAGCAAGAAGGAGCCUUUGAUCAUUUCAGAAGAAGAUGUCAGAGAAAAUGUUGUGACAUAUGACGAUGAGGGCGGUGGAGAAGAAGACACAGAAGCAUUUGAUAUCACUGCACUACGUAAUCCAUCAGCUGCAGAAGAGCUAAAGUAUCGGAGAGAUGUCCGCCCUGAAGUUAAGCCUGCACCCAGGCAUCAUCCUUCUUCAAGCCUUGACAGUAUAAAUGUUCAGGAGUUCAUUAAACAAAGACUUGCAGAGGCUGAUCUGGACCCCAGUGUGCCCCCGUAUGACUCCUUACAGACAUAUGCCUAUGAGGGCCAUAGAUCGGAAGCUGGAUCUAUCAGCUCUCUGGAUUCAGUCACGACACAGUCUGACCAGGAUUAUAAUUACCUUGGAGACUGGGGGCCUGAGUUCAAGAAGCUAGCUGAACUCUAUGGGGAAAUAGAAUCAGAAAGAACAACUUAGCUUCCCAGAACAGAGAAAUUCCUAAACAGCUGGAGAUAGAACGACAACAGUGAUGACAGCAAAUGAAUACAGUGCUUGGAACCGAGCAAGUUGUACACAGUUACUGUAGAACAAGUGCCCUUUUCAUGUUUGAAACUGGGUUCUCCAAUUGGAAGAAAGUAAAAUUUUGAAAAAUACAGAGAAAAGAAGCAAUUGUCCCUUGUGUAUAUUUUUAAUUGCUCAAUAAAGUCUAUGGUACUGCAUCUGUAACAGUACCUAAAGUAAAGCCAGGCAAUGACACUUUUAUUGCAAUAUGCUUCACAUCUCUGAACUACAGUAUGUUUCUGAUCAUUCCUGUUUAGGAAGAUAACUAAUGGAAGAGCAAAUCAUUUGCAGAUGGUUUUGAGGUUGCCUUGCUAGCUGUGCUCUAGGCCUUGUGAUUCCAAUGUAAGGUAGCUAAUGGGGUUUACUAUCAGUGUGAGAAGUCCUAGGAGUCAUUUUCCUUUAACAGCAGUGAUAAUCCACACCUGUCCUCUAAAAUAAAUGGUCCUUUGAUGGUUUAAUCUGUUUGAAUUAGCAGGUUGCAAUGUGAAAAUAUCAUUUCAUUAUGUCCCUCAUAAUCUUUAUAUCCCUAACCAGCUAGCAGAGGGAGAGCAUCUUUAGCUGUCAGUACAAACACAAUGCUAGACCGUAACCCCAGACUCACUCUGAAAGAAGCGUUGUCUUCAAUGUGUGUGCUUUUUGUCUUUUCAUGGGAACAUCAUUCAUGUAAAUGAAUCUGAAGUACUCUUUAUGCAGCAGAGCAGAUGAAGUGUGGGUUCUUUCAGUAAAAACAAGAAUGGCAGCACAAUUAAAGUAUGCAGUUGUUCGGUUCACUGUGCUUCACUUACGGCAAUAGACAGAACUUUUGAAGUCUUUUGCUGGUCUUAAUCCAAGAGCUACAAAAGUCACUUUAUGACAGUGUUCUUAACCAUAAUGUGUCUGUUUGUGUGUGUGUCUAAAAGCAAAAUAUUGCUGCUGGUGAGACACAAGAUUUAAACAAGGUGAUCAAAAUGAUGAUGCUUGUUUUCUUGUUUUUCUUGUUCAAUAUAUAGAUAUUUAAUUUGUCUUAGAGUAAUUUCUAUCUAAGCAGAACAAACCUUUUUUCUCCCUAUUUCAAAUAUCAUGGGAAGAUAAACAUCUUAAGCCAGUGGAGGGUGAAAGAAAGAAAAUGUGUCAUUUUGGAUUUCUUAUGGAUGAAAUAAAUCAAUCUCUUUUGUUGGUAAUUUUUUUUUUUUUUUUUUUUUUUU